GUCGCUGCAGUCGCUCACUAGCAGGUGUGUUGUGCGCGCGUGCGUCGGCCAUCUUUCAACAGCUGAUUGGCGUCAACACGAUCGUGUUUUAUCCGUUUAGAAAUAUUAUAAUUUAUAGAUCGCAGUCGCGUUAAAUGACACAUUGAGACAUUUCACAGUGCAGUGAUUAAAGAGUAAUGAAGAUGACAGUUAAUCGAAUAAGAGUGGUGGUCCUCGGCAGCGCACGCUGCGGUAAAUCGGCUGUGGUGGUUCGCUAUCUAACAAAGAGAUACAUAGGAGAAUAUAGUUCGACUGGUGAUUUCUUAUAUCAGCAUCGAGUUUCUUUUGAUGGUGUCACAUCAGAAGUUGAGGUUUUAGAUACAUGUGGGUGUGCAAAACGGGGCUGUUUAGCUGAGCACCUUCGCUGGGGUGACGCAUUUGCAGUAGUUUACUCUGUGUGUGAUCGACGCUCAUUUCUAGCUGCGGCUGAGUUGUUGGCACUCCUGGAACGGACUAGAUUGCCCGGAUGUUCUGCUGUCACCCUCCUUGGGAAUAAGAGGGACUUGGAGCAUGCCAGAGUUGUGAAGACAGAAGAAGGAGAAGAAAUGUCAUUGAGAUUCGGGUGUCAGUUUUAUGAAGUGUCGGCGGCGGAAUCGUGCGCGGGCGCAGCGCUUGCUUUCCACGCAUUGUUGCGGGAGGCGCGAGCGCUUGCCAUGCUCUUGCCUACGCCGCGUCGCAAGCUUGCGGCUUACUCUGUGUCUAAGGUAAUUGGUACAAUCCUCGGCUUGAGCAACAAAAGCGUAAGAAAGAAACGGCCGUCGCUCAGCAUAUGAUUUAUCGAAACGAUUAAAUUAUUGGUCUCGUUUACCCCUAGAAGGGGUUUGUUGUCUUUCCGCAAGUCGCGAAAGCUUUCUGAUGGAGUCAUGGACUGAAGUCUUGAUUGACAUGAAGUUGGAAUGGAAAGUAGCAUUGGAUGCUGACUUAAUGAUUUUACCGAAUUAAUAUACUCUUGUAUUAUAUUUAAUCGCAUACGACGCAGUCGGAAAUUUUACCCGUGAUGUAAGUUAUUCUUUUUAACGUUUUAUGAGAAUUUUCCUUAUAUUGAUGAAAUAAAUUGUAAUAUUGUAUUACUUGUAUAUUUUAACACAAGAACUUUAAGGUGUUUGCUAUUAAAUUUUUGUCAAUAAAAGAUAUUAUCAUAUUUUUUUAAAUAUACAUAAGUAUUAACUUACCAUACAGGGUGUAUUUUGAACAUAUUUCUUAGUAUUUAUUGUGAACUGUUCUCGCCUUAUCGAUGAUAUUUAGUGUUUUUAACGCACUUAUCGUUGAGCGUUUCAUAUUUGAGAGAUUUGAAGGUUUAUUGUUAGUUUUUAAAAGUUAUUAUAAUGUCAAUUUCAUUCAUAUGUUUUUUACUGUCCAAUUAAUUUCACAAUAACAACCUUAAGCAAUUUUUGAUUCAUUACUGUUGCGCAACCUUACUUCAUUCACAGUUUUAGUAAUAUGUGUUUUUUUUCAACAGCGCUAAUUAAUUUCAAGAUAAAUAUUCUGUAACAGGUUUCACAGAAUAAUUAAUACGAAUUUAUUGUAUUUUAAAUGGCGUUAUUUGACCGUUUUUAAUGUAUAAGUUUGACCCACCUAUAAUUAGCUUAUAUUUUCCUUUAUAUCCUAUUUAUGAUAAGAAUUUGUCUCUCAAUUACAAAUACGGACCAGAAACUUAGCUUAGUUAUUUGUACCUACCUGAAUAUUGUAUUUUGAUAUUAGAUAAAAUAUAUGUUUAAAUCAUUUUAAAUGAAUUGAAAACCUAAAUACAAUAUUUGCAUUA